AUGACCUUUUUGUAAUAAUAUUAAAUCCAAUACUUACAAUUUCAUUUAUGUGACAAGGAUAUAUAACUCAUCACAACCUACAGUUAAACUCUAUUGAUAUUUUUCUAAAUUUUGUAUUCAAAUUAUAAUUUAUAAUUUCAAAUAGACUCAGGUCAUUAUAGGAAGAGAUAAAAGCUAAUUUUACUCUCCAACAUAUUAUUCACAAUUUAAUCUAAACCUCAUACUUGCUAUAUUAUUAUUUUGAAAAGAGAAUGGUUCUAUCCUUAGUAAGACAUUUAAAACUAUAUACCUUAGUCAUUUCAUUAUUAAAUUAUUAAGGCCUAUGAUCUCUCAUUAAAUCUCUUUUUUGCUGUUACUUUAAUGCUUUAUAUAUCUUAAGACUGUUUUCAUAUAAACGAAAAACCUGUCAAAAUAAUAUCUUAUUACUCACUAGUGCUAAUUUCUUUAUCUUCUUAUUACUUUAGAAUAUCAAAGCUCUAUUCACUUAUCUAUCUAAAAAAUGAGGGUUCUGAGUUUUUAUUUUAUUUUCAUUUAUGUAAUCAAAAUUAAUCACUUUAUUUCAUUCAAUUUAUUAUCCAUUAAUAAAUGAUCUGUCUAUUUUGA